UUGUUUUAUUAAUUCAAAUAAUAUUUGAAAUAUUAAACUGAAUAGAAUACAUUAAAAUACAUACCUAUUGUUCUACUAGAUAUGAUUGACAUAAAGCAAAACAAAAAGCCAUUCAUAAGAUAAUUUGAUAAUUAUGAUAAGAUUUAUGGAUAAAGAAAUCAUAGAAAUUACUCCUGUCUUUAACCCACUCUUUAUAGAGAAAAUAUAACUAAAGUUGAUUAUGAUUCUGAAAAAUUGUAUGAUAAAAAUUUAAUACAGAAAUACCUGCCACCUCAGGAAGAAAAAUAAGUUCCCUAAUAGAGUUAUAGUGAAUUGUUAGAGCUUAUGAUUAAAAAUAAUGCCUUAAUUGAAUAAGAAAAACAAUAAAAAUAUUUAAAAUAAGUUUAAUAGAAAAGAAAAGAAGUAAAGAUCACUAAAAAGAAAUCAUAGAAGCCAAAUUACAUCGUUAUGUUUGAAACAUUUAAUAAAUGCAAUCAUUAAAUCGAAACAAAUUGUAAAGCCUGUUCAGAUAUUAAAUUUAGUUCAAAAACAAUUAGAAAUAAGAGUGCAGCACCUGCAACUAGGCAAACAGAUUUAGUCAAAACUUUACUUUAAAAUAAAAUGAAAGGAAAAUUAUGA